AUGUUUCAAUUUAGAAGAUCUUUGACAUCGAAUUCUUCCUCUUCCUCUCCUUCAAAUUAUCAUAUAGGAAAAGCUAACAACAGUAAUGGAGAUACCAAAAAAAGUAAUAGUUUAGCGUCACACAAGCCAAUAUUGUUUGAUAUUAAAUUGGCUAGUCCCUACAAAAACAUGGUUCUAAUACUAGAAGAUGGCUUGGAAUCCACAAUGUGUAACAUAAACGGACACUUGGUGCUUUCUUUGCCCUCAAAUUUGACAGUUAAAAAAAUUAACUUGAAAUUAUUGGGAAAUUUCAAGCUGGACUUUAUCCAAACCGGUAAGAAGAAUGGGGUAGUUACUAAUAUAAUUAAGGAAAACAGACCAAUUUUCCAAAUAUCUUGGGAUAAUUUGCUAUGUGCUUCAAAUGGGAAAUGCAUUAUUGAAGGCGAAGAUAAAAUUAUAGGCGUAGACGUUCAGCAAAGAGUAGAUGCUAAUCCCAGUACUAAUAGUAUAGUCAAAAAGUCAUUAUCCACUCCAGUGCUGGGCAAAUUAAGCGUUGGGAAAUCUAAAAAGUCUUCUGGAAAUAGUAGUUUUUAUCCAGUUGCCAGUGAUUUGACCAAAGAUAACUUUUUGAUUGAUUUACAGCCAUCCUACGGAACACCGCUAUGCAAUGGUAAUGUUACAUCAGCGUUUAACAGGACUUUCAAUUUGAACAAAGGGAACUAUGAAUUGCCAUUCACCAUGGAGAUUCCAUCUGAUUUGAUUCCUUGCACAGUAGAAGGAUUGCAGGCUGCAAGUGUUUUGUAUAAAAUGAUUGCAGUUAUAGAUACUGUGGAUUAUGGGAAAAUAUAUAAAAUAAAAUAUAUUAGGAUUUUUAAAAGUUUGAAACCCAACAAUUUUUCGAUACAGGAGGAAAUGUAUGUGGGUAAGAAUUGGCCUGAAAAAUUACAAUAUGAAAUAUCUAUUCCCAGCAAGGCUAUACCCAUUGGUGGUAAGACUCCAAUAUCCAUAACUUUGCACCCAUUUCAAAAAAAUUACAAGUUGCUCAAAAUAGAAGCAACAUUAAUACAAUACUAUGCAAUUAAAGAUCAGUCAGGCAGUAUCUUUGAGAAUAGUAGUAACGUCUUACAUUUAGUCAUGAAUAAAUUUGGAAAAAGCGCUGAACGUGGGUUAAAUGAGGACAAUGAAUUGAUUGAUGAAGUCAAGAUAAACUCAUUGAUUACAAUACCGAAUAAUUUAAGAAACAUUACGCAGGACUGUAAUAUAAAUAAGAAUGGGUUAAUUAGGGUGCGUCACAAGUUUAGGAUAAGGAUUCAUCUAGGGAGCCCUGCAGCUAAAACUACUUCGUCUUCAGGCUCAGAUUCUAGUAAUGAUAAUUCCAAUGCCAAAAAGACAGAGAUUACAGCCAACAUACCGGUUAUAUUAUUUAUUUCGCCGCACACUUUUACCCUAGCAAGAAAGGUUAUUUUGGAUAACCAAGGAAAUAUUCAUUUUAGACAUGGCGAUAGUGUGUCGUAUUUCAAAUCAUUGGGACCAUCUAUCAUUAACAAUCGUAGCUCGGGGAAUGACUCUUAUAACACUAAUAAUACAAUUACAUUAGCGGAUGGUAGUUAUCAGGUUAAAUAUUUUCCGGACGAAGAGUUACAGGCACCACCCACAUACAAUGAAAGAAUACACGAUAUUAUUUUUUUUAAUCAGAAUGGUUUAAUGGGUGGUAAUACUGGUACUGGAUUAUGCAAUAACUCGGGAGUUACAGUUCCAUGUAAGACUCCAGCGUCUGAUAAUGGUGAUUCUGUUAAUAACAGAGAAUCUUUGUUGCUCAACCAAGAUUAUUUUAAUUUUCCUCAUGGCGACAGUAGUGAUAACAACACUUUGCCUAAUACGCCCAAUUCUUACGAUACUGAUAAUAUAUCAAUGAGACAUGGUCGGGACAGAAAUAUUACUAUGGAAGAAUUAAAUAGACUGCCAACUUAUGAAGAAACCAUGGACAAUGAUGAGGAUGAUCCUGGCAUGGACAGCGAUUGCAUCACACCUCUAUCAGUUAAUGAGUUAUCACCGGGUUACACCCAGAUUUGUAGACGUUAG